UUUGUUCCCUCCUUUCAUCUCCACCUCACUUUUAGCAUCAUCUUGCUGGAGGUGGAAACAACUCUUAAUAUAUCUUUAAUUAAAAACACCAUUUUCUCAUUUCUUUGAAAAUCACAAGAUCUUCUUGCUCGCCUUAGGAUAACUCUCCGGUCGCCGGCCACCGUUGCACCACCAACACGUUAUUCCUCUUGAGGUACAUUUUUAUUGUGGAGCACGUUGCCUUGUUUAUCAAGAAAUCUACCAAAUAUAUUGGGGAGAGUUUCCAAUGGGUGCAGCAGAAGAACUUGUGAACCAAACUGCUUUAAAAAACGAUGUAAAUGAUAAAGAAAAUUAUCUAGAUUGUCUUCCAGAAGAAGCGAAAAAUACAUUGAAAUCAUUGGCGAGUAAAUGGGAGAAUGUAUUGGAUGCGAAUGCGUUGGAAGUUAUUCCUCUAAAAGGAGCGAUGACGAAUGAGGUAUUCCAGAUAAAAUGGCAAACAAAAGAAGGAGAAAUGUCAAGAAAGGUUCUUGUUAGAAUCUAUGGUGAAGGUACUGACAUUUUCUUUGAUAGGGAUAACGAGAUUCAAACGUUUUCGUUCAUUUCCAAGAACGGACAGGGACCUCGUUUGUUAGGACGGUUUGCUCAAGGACGCAUUGAAGAGUUCAUCCGCGCUAGGACAUUAUCAGCGCCUGAUAUACGUGAUCCAUCUAUUUCGGCUCUUAUAGCCUCCAAAAUGAAAGAGUUUCAUGAUCUUGACAUGCCUGGUUCCAAAAAUGUGUACCUAUGGGAUAGAUUGCGAAAUUGGCUUAUUGAAGCGAGACGAUUAUCAUCUCCCGAAGAAAUUGAGACAUUUCGUUUGGACAUAAUGGAGAAAGAAAUCUCUCUUUUAAAAAAGGAAUUAUCAGUUUCUCCCGAGCGCAUAGGGUUUUGCCACAACGAUUUACAAUACGGUAACAUCAUGCUUGAUGAAGUAACCAAUUCUCUAACCAUAAUAGAUUAUGAGUAUGCAAGUUAUAAUCCUAUAGCAUAUGAUAUUGCAAAUCACUUCACCGAGAUGGCUGCAAACUAUCAUACCGAAACUCCUCAUGUUCUUGACUUCAGCAAAUAUCCUGAUUUGGAGGAACGUCAAAGAUUUGUCCGGACAUAUUUGAGUUCAUCAGGAGAAAAACCUAGUGAUAAUGAAGUGCAACAACUACUUGAUGAAGUUGAAAAGUAUACACUUGCAAGUCAUCUAUUAUGGGGCCUUUGGGGAAUAAUUUCGGAGCAUGUGAAUAAAAUCGAUUUUGAUUACAAGGAAUAUGCAAGACAGAGAUUUCAAGAGUAUUGGUCAAAGAAAAACAAUCUUUUGAGCCAUGAUAGAUCUUCCAACGAUAAUGCUACUCAUGAAUUCAACUCGCCUAAACAUUUUGUAAAUUUGCCUGCCGGAGAGAAAGCAUUGGCAUCAACAUUCAACGAAAAACCAAGAAAGAGCACUCGAAUGUCCCGGAAAUUAAAGAAAAUUUUCGGACUUGGUUUAUUCAGAUCAAAACACUAGAGCAAUGUAUAUAUUAUUCUAUUUUACACCUUUAUGAAUGAAAUUUGAAAAUUCAUAAGAAAAAUAUAGAAACAGAAAUGUGCUACUAAUGUGUUAGACUUCACAAGAGCUGAGAUAUGAAACUGGAAAAAAUAUGAGAAAAGAAAUGGAGAGAGUCCAUCUCCAAAACAAUGAUGUGGGAUACUUAAGACUCCAUAGUCCAUAGUACUCAUUCUCAUCCCACUAAAUAAAAACUUGAUUUUCUUUA